AUGACCGCCCACCAGAAACCGCGGUUCCGCAAGGUCCAGAGCUUCCGCACCGACUAUGCCCCAACCACCAUCACCCAGUACGAGUCGGAGAGAAGCGGCAUGCAGGUCAUCGUGGCCGACCGCAAGGGUCCCAAGGUCUACGGUUACUUCACCCUAGCCACCGAGAUCUUCGACGACUCCGGUGCUCCUCACACCCUGGAGCAUCUGGUUUUCAUGGGUUCCAAAAGCUACCGGUACAAGGGGCUUCUCGACAAGCUGGCCGGCCGGGCGUAUUCAAACACCAACGCGUGGACUGCCGUCGAUCACACUGCCUACACGCUGGAGACCGCCGGCUGGGAUGGCUUCGCCCAGAUCCUGCCCGUCUAUCUCGAGCACGUUGUCCUCCCCAUCCUCACUGACGAUGCCUGUCUGACCGAGGUCCACCACAUCGACGGCGAGGGCAACGAUGCCGGCGUCGUCUACUCUGAGAUGCAGGCCCUUCAGUAUAGCAGCAAUGAGCUCAUGGACCUCCGCGCUCGCCGACUGCUCUAUCCGGAGAACGUUGGCUUCCGAUAUGAGACUGGUGGUAUGAUGGAAGCACUCCGAGUCUUGACCCCGCAGAAGAUUAGAGAGUUUCACAAGGCCAUGUAUCAGCCCCAGAACUUGGCCAUCAUCAUCAUUGGCGAGGCCGAACACGAGGGCCUUCUGAGACUCCUCGAUAACUUCGAAGAGAGCAUCAAGGACGAUGUUCCGCCCCCCAACCCCAACUUCAAACGCCCAUUCGUCGACUCCGCCCAGCCGCCGCCCCUGGAGAAGACCAUCGUCGAGACGGUCGAGUUUCCCGAAGAAGACGAGUCAACGGGCGAAAUCGUGGUGGCCUUCUUUGGCCCCAGCUGCAUCGACCAAAUCCAAGCGACCGCUGUGAAUAUCAUCAUGACAUACCUUUGCGGAUCAUCUGUCUCAGUCAUUGAAAAUGUCAUGGUCGAGAAGGAGCAGCUGGCGAGCUCUGUCUCGUACUGGUGGGACAGCAGGCCCAACUCGGUCAUCUGGUUUCAGCCCACGGGUGUUGCCACCGAGAAGCUGGCAUUCGUUGAACAGCGUCUCAUAUCUCUUCUCAAGGAGGUCGCGUCGAAGCCUCUCGACAUGGAUUACGUGAAGGAGUGUAUACAACGAGAGAGGCGCCAAGUGAAGCUCCAAUCCGAAAGCUCUGAGGGGUUCUAUGCCAACAACAUUAUCACCGACUAUCUCUUUGGGAAGCGAGACGGCACUACGCUGAGAGACCUUGAGACACUGCAGGAGUACGACGUCCUGGAGGGCUGGAACGAAGAGCAGUGGAGGGAAUUUCUGAAGAAAUGGAUCUCGGAUGCCCACCACAUAUCCAUUCUGGGAAAGCCAUCAAUGGAACUUGCUAACACCCUCAAGGCGAAUGAGGAGGCGCGUGUGGCCAAGCGGAGGGAGGAACUUGGAAAGGAAGGCCUUGAGCGACUGAGGGAGAGGCUGGAGAAUGCGAAGAAGAACAAUGACAAGCCGAUUCCGCCCGAAGUGCUGGAUCAGUGGCCCGUCCCUGGCACGUCUUCUAUUCACUUCAUCGAGUCGGCCACCGCAAGGUCUGGCAAGGCACGGAGCCUGGGCGUCCAGGACAACUCCGCACAGAAAAUCAUCGACGCCGCACCCAAGGGUAUGCCCCUUUUUCUGCAGUUCGAGGAUGUCCCCACCGGUUUCGUCCAUCUCACUGUUCACGUGGGCAUGUCGCAGACUCCCGUGAAGUACAAGCCGCUGUUACCCAUCUUCGCCGAAAUCUUCUUCAACUCCCCGGUGACGAGGGACGGCCAACGCCUUGAGUUUGAGGAGGUGGUCAAGCAGCUCGAAAAGGACACCAUCAGCUAUCACAUCAGCUCUUCAUCUCGGCUGGGAGAUUAUGAAGGCGUGGCCAUCCAGUUCCAGGUUGACCGCGACAAGUACUCCACUAUCGUCAGCUGGCUGCGUACUCUGAUGUUCGACAUCAUCUUCGAUCCCGUCCGGAUCAAGGCUGCCACCGUCAAGGCGCUUGCAGAUAUCCCCGAGGCGAAGCGGGAUGGACGUGCCAUGGCGCAAGAGGUCGACAUGGCUAUACAUUUCAAACCUGAAUCUUACCUCGCGGCUAAGCGGACCCUGGUCAAGGCCGUCUAUCUGCGCCGUCUCAAGAAGCUUUUGGAGAAGGAUCCUGAUACCGUGCUCUCAUGGUUCGAGGAACUCAGCAAGAGCCUCUUCACAUUUGACAACAUGCGUGUGCUUGUGACGGCAGAUGUUGGCAAGCUUGACAACCCCGUGGCCGCGUGGGAUACCCUCACCAAGACCCCAGGCCUCGACCCAUCCAAGGACGUCCUGCCCAUCACCAAGCUUUCCUCGAUGCUGAAUCCCGAGGGCCAGUCUCCCGGCUCUUUCGGCAGCGUCGUCAUUCCCAUGACAACCCUCGACAGCUCCUAUAGCGUGAGCACCGCCGCCGGUCUCAAAUCCUACUCGGACCCACGCCUGCCGGCAUACCUGGUUGCACUCGGCUACCUCGAGGCGGUCGAGGGCCCCCUCUGGAACGCCGUCCGUGGCAACGGCCUCGCCUACGGCGUGUCCUUCUCGCGCGAAGUCGACGGCGGUUACAUCCAAUUUCGGGUCUACCGCUCGCCCGACGCCAGCAAGGCCAUCGAGGCCAGCCGCGCCACGGUCGCUAAGCUCGCCUCGGGUGAGGUGCCCCUGGACAGGCACCUGGUCGAGGUCGCUGUCAGCGGCGUCGUGUUUGCUGCCGCCGACGAGCAGGCGACCAUGUCGGCGGCGGCGCAGCAGAACUAUGUCAUUGGCGUGGUGCGCGGAUUGGAGCCCGGGUGGAAUCGCAAGAUACUCGCGCGCGUCAGGGAGGUGACUGAGGAUGAGGUUCGCGCCGUCAUGAGCGAGGUCAUCUUGCCUGUGUUUGAGCCGGGGAAGAGCAAUGUGGUUGUGACGUGCGCGCCGAUUAUGGAGGAGAACAUUGUCAAGACACUUGCUGCUGCGGGAUACAAGACCCAGGUCCAGACGCUGUCGCAUUUCUCGGACGACUAUGGGUUGAAGGCGGACGAGGAGGACGGUGAAGAAGAGGAGGACGAUGACGAGGAAGAUGAUGAGGAGGAGGAGGAGGAUGAUGAGUCGGGCAUGCAUGACUCUGAUGAGGAUAUGGACUGA